AUGCACUCAUCCCUUUGCGCGGUUCCAUUUCCACCGCGCCGUGUUCGUCCAGCCCCACCCCCGCAGCGAACCUUUCGUCCGCUUACGAGGCGGAUUACCCGGCUGCCGGGGCGCGGCUGCUGCCCACGAAGGCCCUUUGCGCGGCACCCGGGAAGGAGCUCCCGGCGCCAGCCUUGCCCACCCCGCAGCCUGGCACCCGCGCCGCCAGGGGGCGCUGAGGAAUCUCCGCAGCUCCUCGCAGUUUCCCCGCCCCCUCCCUGGCUUCCCUUGCGAUUGGCCCGCUGCGCUCAACUCCGCGCUCUGAUUGGUUUGCUUUCACGUCAGUCCGAGAGGGGGCGGGCCGAGGUGACGCUCAGCGCCUUCGCUCGGGGCGGUGUCCGGCGCCGGCGACUGAGGGCGGAGUUUGGUAAGCGGCGACGCUGGGCAGUCAGACGGCAGCAGUCCUGGGAGGUGUCCGCGAGCGUCCGAGCCGCUUCUGGUCCGCCGCAGCCGCCACCCCCAGCUCAUCGCUGCACCCCGUCUUCCUGCUCUCCGGCCUUCUAUCCGCCGACAAUCUCGAAUGCAGAGCCCGGCCGCUGCGUGAUGGGGCUGCGGAGCGGCGCCCUGCGGCUCGCGGCGGCCGCUGCUCGCGCUGAAGUGCGUCGGUGCCCGGCCCCCCGCGCCCCCGCGCGCCCCGGCCCCUGCUGA